UCAGCAUUUGAUCUCGUUUACCACUUGGUUCAUCAUGCUAGGGGCUACUAAAAGGGUCACUUCUGCUCCUCGGUUCUAUAAAUCCUGUCUGUUUUUCUGUCGACUAUGUUGUCUGUCUACUUUCCCCCUUCAUGUAUUCCUUACUCCUCGCCGCUCUUUUCGUCUCCGUGCAAGCUCACCCUGCUUGGUUUACUUUGCAAGACAAGUUCAUAGGCUCAGAUUUCUUUUCUGGCUUUGACUGGAAAACCUUUGACGACCCUACUCACGGUCGCGUCAACUAUGUCGACCAGCGCACUGCCAUAGCCAAUAAUCUCUCUUAUGCUUCAGCCGAUGAUACCAAGUUUUUUAUGUGUGCCGACGCCCACAAUGUCAUUUCUGCCAGCGAUGCUCGUGGCAGGGACAGUGUUCGCAUUGAAUCCUUCUCCGCCUACGAUCAAUCUGUCGUCAUUUUGGACGUCGAACACAUGCCUGCUGGUUGUGCGACCUGGCCGGCCUUUUGGUCAUUCAGUCAGUCGGGCCCUUGGCCUCAGGGCGGCGAAAUAGAUAUUAUAGAAGGCGUCAAUCUCAAUACAAACAACCUCGCUUCUCUCCACACAACUCCCAAUUGUUCUAUGCCUGAAGAGCGUUUACAGAGCGGGCAAACUCAGUCAACCAACUGCGACACAAACUUCAACUACAACCAGGGCUGCGGAACUUCCUUUACACAAAGCAACUCUUACGGUUCUCCAUCUAACAGCAACGGCGGCGGAUGGUACGCAAUGCGCAGAACCAAGGAAACCGGUAUCCAAGUCUGGUUUUGGCCUAGGGACAGUUGGCGGGUCCCACUUGAAGUCCGAUAUCCAUUUAUCUUCAAGCACAUCGGCUUCGGAACAGACAGCUGGGGAGAACCAGACGCAACUUUUCCUGUAAAGGACUGCGACUACUCAACCCACUUUAAUAGUCACAAGAUCGUGAUUAAUCUUACUUUUUGCGGUGACUGGGCAGGCAAUGUAUUUGCUUCUGCCGGUUGUGGCACUUCCACCUGUGUGGAUUUCGUUGAUAACAAUCCUGAUAAAUUUAAGGAAGCAUACUGGGAGAUUAACUCUUUGUAUGUCUUCAAGCGUGUGUAGUACCGGUGGAAAUACUGAGUUUUUCGAUUCUUGCGUGAUCA